UUUAUUUUCCUUUCAGUAAUACAGAACCUUUGUAGUUUCAGAUUUAUGAGAAAGAAGGGAUUUACUACCCCCACAAUCUCAAAGUCCAUUGCGAGUUAAUUUAUGUAGAACAGAUUAUCAGAGGUACUGUACGCUAGCUUGCGUAUGGCCGCCAGUUUACUUCUUCUGAAGAAGCUACGACUCACAGGCCAUCUCCGUAUUGUCGGGCAAGGAUGAAUUUCGAAACCCUCCUUACAGAAAUCAAUGGCUUUGGCAAGUUCCAGAUUUCACUCUUCUGCUUGCUCUAUAUCCCAUUGAUCACUCUGCCGAGCAAUUUUCUGCUGAAUAACUUCAUCGCAGCUGUGCCUUCUCACCACUGUGACAUCUCCAUGGUGGGGAAGGAGGACAAAUUUGGGAAUCUCACUCUGGAACAGAGAAUCGCUAUUAGCAUUCCGAAGGAUUCGGAUGGGACUCACAGCGCCUGCAGUAUGUACUCCGAACCACAGUUCCUCCUUCUUCACAACUCUUCCAUUGAAACAGAUAUUUCUGCCUCUGUUGAGUGCCAGAAUGGAUGGGUUUAUGACAAGACUCUUUUCCGUUCAACCAUAGCUACAGAGUGGGACCUGGUCUGUGGCAGGAGAGGACUGAAUCGUGCCACUGCCACCAUCUUCUUCAUAGGUGUGAUGGUGGGAGCGGUGGUGAUGGGCAUCCUCAGCGACAGGUAUGGCAGAAAGACCAUUCUCUUGGUGUCCUACAUCAUAGCAGCCAUUUUUGGAGUAACCAGUGCCUUCUCAACCUCCUAUGUGAUGUUUGCCAUCACAAGGUUUUGCACCGGCUUCGGCCUGACAGGCAUAAGCAUUAUAGCCACAGUCCUGAAUGUUGAGUGGGUGGAUGUCAAGCACAGGUUAUUGGUGAGUUUGCUAGGUGGUUUCUCCUGGCCCUUGGGAACCAUGUGGCUCGCCGGCACUGCGUAUUUUAUAAAUGAAUGGAGAUGGCUCACUGGGGUCAUUAUCUGCCCUCUCUUCCUGGCGAUGCUCACCUGGUUCUGGGUCCCAGAAUCAGCCAGGUGGCUGAUAGCCAAUGGGAAGAUGAAACAGGCCCACAGAUACUUGUCCAGAGGUGCCAAAAUGAACAACAGGCCGGAGUUUUCCUCCAAAUUCACUCUGGAGAUGCUCUCCAGUGCCGUGGUAGUGGAGCCAACAAAGAAGAAUUACUCUUACCUGGAUCUGGUGAGGACACCCAGGAUGAGAAGGCUGGCACUGCUCACCGGGCCUGUGUGGUUUGGGAUUGCUCUGACAUAUUAUGGAAUAAGCCUGAAUAUCACUGGAUUUGGUCUGAACAUAUAUCUCACCCAGGCCAUAUAUGGUGGAAUUGAAAUACCGGCCAAACUGUUGACGUUUUACUGUUUGCAUAAAAUUGGCAGAAGACAAAGUCAAGCCUGGAGCUUAAUACUGACGGGAGUUUGCAUUGCAAUAACCAUAGCACUUCCUAAUCACCUGCAGAUUUUGCGCACCGUCAUCGCGAUUAUUGGGAAGGGCCUAGGCGAAGCAGCCUUCACUAUCAUCUUGUUGUACACAGCUGAGCUCUACCCUACAGUCGUGAGACAAAAUGGCUUCGGCUACAAUUCCUUCCUGGCUCGCUUGGGAGUGUCCAUUGCUCCAUUAAUUAUGAUGCUGGAGGACGUGUGGAAGUUCCUCCCUCAAGUAAUUUUCUGCACAGUGGCCAUUGCUUCUGGGACUCUGGCUUGGUUACUUCCUGAAACACUCAAUGCUCACCUCCCAGAAACAAUCGACGAUGUUGAACAACGCAGGACUGUCAUUGGUAUAUCAGCCCAAGAAAAAGGCAACAUUCCACUGAGGUCUGCCUGUGGAAAUACCAAUGAAGACGAAGCUUAAAAAUGAUCCAUGCAUCCAUCUUGUAACUGCUUUAUCCAAGGGCUGCUGAGGGAGAUGGAGUUUAUCCCAUCAAGCAAUGGACAUAAGGCAGGAUAUACCCUGGUCUGGACACUAGUAGAUUGCAGGGCAGACACGCAGAUACAAACGCACACACUCUUGUGCCAGAGCCAAAUCUUUCCAGAAGCCAAUUAACUUACCCGUACAAAACCAGAGUGUGCAGAGGAAAUCUGAGGGAAACGGGGAGAACAUAAAAACUCCAUGCAGACAGCACCCCAGGUCCAGAAUUGAACCCAGAACCCCAGCUCUGUGAGUGAGCAAUACUAACCCCUACACCACCAUGCCCCAUCCCCAAGAGCGAUUUAUUACAUUUUUCAUUAAAAAAAUACCUUCCUUGAAGGUGGCACCAUUUAAGUGCAGCAAAUAGAUUGGAGAAGCUUCUAAAGCAAGAUGUAGAAAGAAUUGCUUAAGACAUAUGUCCAGUUACCUUCGCAAAGCUAACAUCCAACUCCUGAAAUGACUGAAUGAGAUCUUGGGAUCUUUGGACCAAAAACGAUGUUCAAGAACCUCUGAAUCUUGCCAAUCUACCAGGUGUGCCCAGAACUAGGCUGAAUGGUAAAAGCAUUUUAUUCCCCUAAAAUGCAAAUUUACUAAAAAGAAAUUAAAUUCAGAAAUCUUUUCCCCAGCAACAUGGUAGUUUCAGGCAUGGUAGAGCAACUGGUCUCCUGGAACCUCACGGCUCCAGAACUCUGGCUUGCGUUUCCCACUGUGGUCUUGUCCAGGAGGACAGUAGCCAUGUGAUCAGUCUCUCCCUGAGCCCUGCACCUCUUAUUAACAUGCUGCAACCUCCACCUGGACAGACUGCUUCCAUCAAACUGAAAAAUUAAUAGGAGACGCAUACAGAGACCUUCUAAAAAAUAAAUCAUGUGCAUUUUCAAUUCAUUGUAAGGCUCAAUGAAAUUCUUGAAGUCUCCAUGUAUCAAUACAACCAUGAAAGCUUAUUUCUCAUAACUCCCACAAUAAAAACACUCCAACAGUGUCAAAAAUUUUUAUUCAAGACUGUAAUAAAUAUGAAUCAACUACUACAGUUACUAUGCAUUUUGUUUAAAUAUUCAUAUAUCGAGUUCUCUUACUGCAAGGCUCAAACUACAGACAUUUGUAUUAAUGGCUUGAAUGCAUAUCAGCUCAUGUUACAGUUCUACAAAUGACCUUUGUAAUGUUACAUUCUGUCAUUCAAUUAAAACCAUUGUACUACUA